GUCCCACGAUCAUUAAUUGGUAUCCCAAACAUCUAAUAAAGUUACGUGAAAUUACCGAGCUGUUCCCCAAUUUUAACUUGGUCGACCUGCAAGAAAAGCAACGCUUAGAUGACAUUGCAAGGCUAAAAAGGCGUGGAAAAGGUGCACCCAAAAAAGGUCUGGUCACACGUAUAUCUCAUGAAAUAUUUAUGUUCGAUAAUUUCCGACUUUAA